ACUGAAAAUUAAUAAAUAGCUUAACCGGAAGUUUGUAUGCGAGCUGUCGAAAAAGCAACGCAACGAUACGAAGAAUUAUUGUUUGGCGCCUUUGCGGGGCCGGUUUUUAUCAUAAAUUCGUCGUUUAUUUGCUAUUGAAAAGUUAAUUCGUGAUCUGCUGACAAAAUGGGUGACAAAGGCGAUGGAGAAACCUUCGAUGAUGCGGUGGAGGAGAGGGUUAUCAACGAGGAGUACAAGAUUUGGAAGAAGAACACUCCGUUCCUGUACGACUUGGUGAUGACCCAUGCCCUGGAGUGGCCCUCGCUGACGGCGCAGUGGCUGCCCGACGUCACGCGGCCUGAGGGCAAGGACUACUCCGUGCACAGGCUAAUCCUGGGGACCCACACAUCAGAUGAGCAGAAUCACCUCCUCAUCGCGAGCGUCCAGCUCCCGAAUGAAGAUGCACAGUUUGAUGCCAGUCAUUAUGAUAAUGACAAAGGUGAAUUUGGUGGUUUCGGGUCUGUAUCUGGCAAGAUAGACAUAGAGAUCAAGAUCAACCACGAGGGAGAGGUGAACAGAGCUCGCUACAUGCCACAGAACCCCUGCGUCAUCGCCACCAAGACCCCAUCUUCAGAUGUGCUGGUGUUUGACUACACCAAACAUCCGUCUAAGCCAGAGUCCUCUGGGGAGUGCCAUCCAGAUCUCAGAUUGCGAGGACACCAAAAAGAAGGUUAUGGUUUAUCAUGGAAUCCUAAUCUCAAUGGAUACCUUCUAUCAGCCAGUGACGACCACACGAUCUGCCUGUGGGACAUCAACGCGACGCCGAAGGAGGGCCGCGUGAUCGAGGCCAAGUCCGUGUUCACGGGACACACGGCCGUGGUGGAGGACGUGGCCUGGCACCUGCUGCACGAGUCGCUGUUCGGAUCUGUCGCUGAUGACCAGAAGCUGAUGAUCUGGGACACAAGGUCCAACAACACGUCGAAGCCGUCGCACACGGUGGACGCGCACACGGCGGAGGUGAACUGCCUCAGCUUCAACCCCUACUCCGAGUUCAUCCUCGCCACCGGCAGCGCUGACAAAACUGUGGCGCUGUGGGACCUGCGCAACCUGAAGCUGAAGCUGCACUCGUUCGAGUCGCACAAGGACGAGAUCUUCCAGGUGCAGUGGUCGCCGCACAACGAGACCAUCCUGGCCAGCAGCGGCACCGACCGCAGACUGCACGUGUGGGACUUAUCCAAGAUCGGCGAGGAGCAGUCGGCGGAGGACGCGGAGGACGGCCCGCCCGAGCUGCUGUUCAUCCACGGCGGCCACACGGCCAAGAUCUCCGACUUCUCGUGGAACCCCAACGAGCCCUGGGUCAUCUGCUCCGUGUCCGAGGAUAAUAUUAUGCAGGUAUGGCAGAUGGCGGAGAACAUCUACAACGACGAGGAGCCGGAGACGCCGGCGGGCGAGCUCGAGUCCGGCGUCAACGUCAACCACGGCUGAACACACACACACACGCACAUGCACACUGUCACCGCCCACACACAUUGCUUGAUAGAGAGGUAAACUGUAGACAUCGAAAAAUAUACUAAGAGAGCUGUUAUGCAAUCGGCAUGUUUAAAACAACGAUACAGAGUCGUGGUUGACAAAGCAGGGCUGCAAACUUCGGACCGCUACGGUAACUGCGACUCAAUAUCGUUGUACUAAGCGUGCUGAUUGCAUCAUAACUCUCGUUUGGUUGUUUUUCAAUUUCUAUGUUUUGAUAUAACGUUCAGUGGUGCGAUCUUAUAAAUGUAUUGGAAAUGUGUUUUAUUUUUUACACUAAAAUAUAAUUGAACACUUAUUUAUUUUGUGAUCGUACCACUGUAUGCUAAGGAUGUUAGAUCGAGUCGAAGUGAGCUCAUCUGUAUAGCUUACUUCGAAUCUUUCAAGACCUUUCCAUCAAAUUCAGCCUCAUUCAUGGAUGAUAAAUAAGUGUUUGUUUCGGUAACGAGUCUAUCUGAGCUGGUAUAUAGUGUAUCUGACUAAUGUUGCAAGUAUGAAUUUUCCACUACACGAGAUUUUAUUCUUAUAUAAUUUAAAAUGUAUCUGAAUGUUUUUCUCAAAAUACUAUUGGUCAAGUUAUGGUUCCUAGUUUUCUACCAAUGAAUAUUUUGUACGUUUAUCCACUAUAUGCCAGCAUUAAAACAAUUGCACAAAUUUAAUUAAACCACACGAAAUCAACUAAAGUUAUACGGAGUGUAAAAUCAUUAUAAAACAAUUUGUAACAAGCCACUUUCUGCUCAAGCCACGGCGGCUAAAAUAUCCGAAAUAGCAAUAUUAAUUGUUUACCGAAUUACAUUCUAAAUAGUUACUGAGUGUACUACCUAAGAAAGCGUUGUGAAGUAUUAAUCAUUUCUGUGUCUAUAAUAUUGAUGUAUUUAUCCCAUAGUUAAGUAUUUCAUAGCAUAAUAAUAAGCUCUCAUACAUUUUACACUCUGCAUAGCAAAUUUUCUAGUAUUCUGACAUACUGUUUCACAAUAGACAUAACUCACAAGACUGCUAUUUGAAAACGGCAUAAAUACAAAUGCGAUAAGAUCUUGCAAGUAUUUCUUAGAGUUGAAACUAAUCCAGUAUAAUCUAUAUUGUGAUCGGCAGUUUUAUAUUUAGUUGUAUAUGUUUGAAAUUAAGCCUGCCCCCACCACCUCGAGGAAGAUUUCUUGAUGAAAUGCAAGUUUAUUUGCAGAUUUGUAUGUAAGUGUGUCAUUGUAACGUGUAAUAUACUAGCGGUCAAGCCCCCCUGCUUGGAAGUACAUAAACUAUAAAAUAAGGUAGUAUCGUGACUGUGUCGCAGUAGCUCCCUCGGCCAUGCCGUGUUAAAACUAAGUUUGUGUGCACGAAAGCUUGUAUUUUUUGCCUCAAUUUUUUAUGAAGUCACGUUACUCGGGCUGUAAUAACCACCUCAAAAGCGAAAGCAUGAGUAUUGCAAAGUAAUGGUAAUUUAUGCAUUUGACGUUGAAAAUAAAAUGGAAUAUUUUCAAAACGAUCUCAAAAUGAUCUUAAAUUUCAAAAUCUAGCUCAGUUAUGAACUACAGGGGGUUUUGUGUUAACGUUAAAUUAAUGUGAAGUCCGUAAUGAAUGUAAAAUAUACAAUAGUAAUUAAAAACUUUUCCAUUUUAAUUAAAAUACUUCUCAAUGUUCUUGCCCGGAGGACUAAGAAUACGGAGGUCACACUGGUUUAUAUGCAUGCCAAUCAAAAUUAAGUAUUAUAUUACUAUUUUAGGGUACCUAUUCCAAGACGUUAUUUUCGCUGUAUUUUACGAACAAAGUCAUAGAUGCUAUGUUUAUUUUUUAUAUCUGUAUUUAGUAACGCAUGCAUAUAAACCAAAUGAAUCCCAGAUUGAUGUGUGAAGGCGUAGGAUCGAGAUACAUACAGAAUAAUUAUCGUCUGUUCAACGUUAUUUCUCGAUUACCUAGAGUUAACGAAAUUCCAAAAAUCGCGGUGUAAUUUAUUAUUUUAUUCGACAGGAAACCAUUAAUGUUAUUUUCAUCAAUUCUGUAUGUAUGUAGGUUGGUAAGGAGACGCGACUGAGAGUUAUUUUAUAAUGUUAAUGCAGUAAUGGAAUGUAAUUUUAAGCUCUGCUAAUUAUUACAAUAAAAAACAUUGAACGUA